AUGAAGGACCCCUUUUUCAUUCAGCCUGUUCCAUGGCUCUCGGAUCUGGCUCGUCCCCUGGCGCGUCGCCUCGACCUGGUGACCCUGCCGCUACACAUCCACGAGGUUGUAUUCGCCGCUGUGUUCUAUUCUAUCAUUUUCUAUCCCGUCUCGCCAAUACUCUCCCGAAUUAUCGCUUCGAAGCACUACUCUCAACUUCCCCGACAUAAACGACUCAACUGGGAUGCUCAUGUCGUUUCCAUGGUCCAGAGCGUCUUCAUCAAUGCACUUGCAUUGUGGAUCAAGUGGAUAGAUGAGGAACGCAGCAGCAUGGACAGAGAAGGCCGCAUCUGGGGAUAUUCUGGAGCCCCAGCCCUUCUUCAGUCGAUGGCUGUCGGCUAUUUUGUCUGGGACUUCUUCGUCACAGCCAUGAAUCUGGAUGUUUUCGGUAUUGGCACUUUGGCUCACGCCAUUUCUGCGUUGACGGUUUUCAGCCUGGGAUUUAAACCAUUCGUCAACUAUUAUGGAUGCAAUUUCAUUCUCUACGAGCUUUCCACGCCUUUCCUGAAUAUUCACUGGUUCUUGGACAAGGUCAAUAUGACAGGCUCCAAUCUUCAACUCUACAACGGCUUUGCACUCCUGUUCACUUUUUUCUCUUGUCGGCUUGUCUAUGGACCUUACCAAACCUACAGGGUCUUUAGCGACAUCUAUGCUCUCAGUGGCAAGAAUCCAUCCUCUCCAGGUACGGGGGUUUUUGCCUAUGUGACGGCGCAAACAUUUAUUCCCAAGUGGCUCUCUUUCGCGUACCUGGCCAGCAAUGCGACACUUACCUUUUUGAACUUCUACUGGUUCUACAUGAUGAUCUAUGCUGUUAGGAAGAGGUUUGUUCAGUCUUCCACUACAGAAGACGAGAAGAAGGUGCCCAUCACCGAAGUCGAAAUUGACCUAGAUGCUGUCGCGUCAGGAGUGUCUUCGCAGGCCAAACCUCGCUCGCGUCGUGCUUAG